UUAUGCUUUUGCCUUUAAAGUCUUAAACACUCAUGUUUAGCUGAAUUUAGUUGUGAUAAACCUGCAGAAAGCUGUGUGUUCUCUCAGUGUGAACUGGAGUACAUGUUGGCAUUAACUUUGUGCAGAAGAUUAAGCAGCACACAGAGCUUAGCGUAAGUGUAACGGCACUCUGCUUUCCCAUUCUGAACUCAGCACUACUGGGACGUCUUCUGAUGGCUUUAUGUGUGCUUACUCUGCUGGCUGAUGAUAUAAAGGAUUUUUGUGGACAGCAAUAUGACUUAGACUCAUAGAUCCAUAUGUAGUCUGCUCUACAGAAACUGAUUACAUCAGGACAUGGGAAAUCUAACUUUCUAUCUGCUGCUGCUGUUUGUUUCCUCACAAAGAGUGAUUUGUCAGCUGACUGAAUGGAUUGGAGGGGUGGAAGGUGACCCAGACUGGAGUUCCCAGCCAGACAUUGUAGACAACACAUACUGGUCUGGGACGGCGCCUCUUUGUGUAGGAGGCUGUAACGCACAGCACAAGGAACUGAGGAGGGAUCGCUGUGGAGACUCAAGCUGCUGCUGGCUUGGCUACAAGUCUCUGUGUAGAGUGAACUGUGGGAGGCCAGAUGUGGACUUUAACGGUGCUGUGUUUGGUAAUGACUGGUGGGUGGGCUCUGUGGUCAGGUACACCUGUCGCUCUGGCUUCAUGCUGGUGGGAAGCCCUACUAGAACCUGCCAACCUAACGGCCGCUGGACCCCAAAACCCAUCUGCCUCCGAAUGUGCCAAAAAGGACGCAUUGAAAUCAGUGAAAGGGAGCUGAAUGGGACCUGCUCGGCCACCUGCACCUACAAGAGCUACUAUGGACCUCCUAAACAAGGGUGCACUAGGAUAAACAACUGUAAGAAGAAGGAGACUGGCUGGAAACGUUUCUUUUCACAGUGUAUCCCUUGUAUUUGCGACUGUUCCUUAUCAUGUGUAUCUGCAGGAUAAAACAUGGAGAAACGAACCAAACAGUGAGACCUGCACCGAGCUAUACCACUUUUCAACAAAUUAAUGUUGAUGUUUGUAGAAUUAAUGUAGUGUUUCUUGUGCAAUGAGGCCAAUAUUAUUGUCUUGGUUUCAGUUGAUAGGAUUCCAUACUGCAAUUAGAAAACUUCAGUGCCUCAGCAGAACCAGAAUGUUUAGUCAAUCUCAGUGGGUAGUGAGUGGCAAAAGGAUGAGGAAGAAAAUGGGGAUUUUUGAUUUAGAUAAAAGUGUCUGAGAAGCUUUAUAAUUAUCUGAAACUUACAUAACUGUGGUAUGGUCUGUUUUUAGUAAAAUACUCACUUUGAGUUAGAAAGUUUAUCAUAAAUGGGUAAUUGGUUGUUCAGCCUCUACUCUGUGUUCAUCUCAUUUAAGGUAAUCCAACAAGGAAACAUCUAACACUGUUUAUGUUUAAGGAAAUCAGAAAAGGAGAGAGGGAAGUAAAACCACAGAUUAGUGUCUCUGCCUCAUCACUCUUCCGCUCAGUCCAUCUGUCCUGGAAGAAGCUGAAACCUUAAUCUUGUUAGCUAGGGAGGAGUUUUGGCCACGAAACUCAGGGGUCAUAGAAGACUGUUGUAGACCGUAUAAACAGAUUCCUUUCAUAGAUUGUGCAUUCUGUGUGUGUUUAUUGUUUGUAAGUGUGGGGAAAAAAUUGGACAAAUAUCUAUUUUUGCUGUAAAAUCUUUUAUUUUUGUAUAGGAGAAAUACGUGUGAAUGUGAAAAGAUGUGAUGUGCAAAGAAAAUAAAAACAUUUUCUCCAUUUCUUGA